GAGGGUUAGCUUUUAACUACAAACAGUUACCACCUAGCAGCUGAGACAGCGGGGACUCUACACAAGGCAUAAGGAGCUCAUUGUCAUGGCAGAUGGCUAUGUGUGGUUUGAAGGGAUAGCAUUCCCUGUACCGGAUUUCAAACCUGAAGUCUUAAGAGAAGUACGGGACAAGUUUGUGGUGAAGGAUGAAGAUGUAAUAACAGUGACUUAUCCUAAAUCAGGAACCAACUGGUUGAUGGAGAUUGUCUGCCUGAUUCAUUCCAAAGGGGAUCCCAAGUGGGUCCAAUCCGUGCCCAACUGGCAGCGUGCACCCUGGGUUGAGACUGCACAUGGAUACGAAAUAUUGCAGAACAGCGAGGGACCACGCAUUUUCACAUCUCACCUGCCCAUUCAACUCUUCCCCAAGUCCUUUUUCCAUUCCAAGGCCAAGGUGAUUUAUGGCAUGAGGAAUCCCAGAGAUGUUUUUGUGUCCAGUUAUUUUUUCAUGCAAAAGUUGAAUGUUGCUAAAAAACCAGAGACACAGCAACAAUAUCUGGAGUGGUUCCUCCAAGGAAAUGUGGUAUAUGGAUCCUGGUUCGAGCACAUUCGUGGCUGGCUGUCCAGGAGACAGUGUGAAAAUUUCCUGGUGGUGAGUUACGAAGAGCUGACAAAGGACACAAGAAGUGUUGUUGAGAAGAUCUGUCAAUUCUUGGGAAAGGAGUUAAAACCAGAAGAAAUAGAUCUAGUCCUCAAGUACAGCUCCUUUGAAUUCAUGAAAGAAAACAAGAUGUCCAAUUUCAGCACAUUGCCUGAUAUGUUUCUAAAUGAGGGUUUUUCACUUCAAAGAAAAGGAGUCACUGGGGACUGGAAGAAUCACUUCACUGUAGCCCAAGCUGAAGUGUUUGAUGAAGUAUAUCAGCAGAACAUGGCAGGAUUUCCUCCAAAGCUGUUCCCAUGGGAAUAACGUUGAACAUUUCCAGAAGUUCUGUGGAUGCUGAUACCUGCUUUCCUGACCUUGUACUUCUGCAUGCCUGGGAGGUCAUAGCAUCAAACCUAUCACCUCAUUGUGAAGUCUCCAAUGAUCAAAUCUUUACGUUUUUGAUGGCCUACAAAUUACCUGUUUACCCUAUUCAUUUUACAGUAUCUAUACUUGAGAAAUUCUUUAAAAUAUCCAUAAAUACUACACUACAAUAAAAUAUAAAAAUCAC